AUGGCAUUUAAUGGUCCAAUUGAGGAGCCAUUUCCCUUUUCUGGGAAGGGGGCGGAUGAAUUCACGGUUUCGCAUAAGCAAAAAGGCUUCAAGAUCAGUACCAGGAAGCUCCCGAUUUCGAAAUCCGACGAAAUUGACGAAAUGAAUGAGAAGCUUGGAAUUCCGGUACCUGAGAUGAUAUUUGGAGAUAAUAUGGUCGCUAUUGAACAUAUGGCGAGUGGAUGGCGACUAGAAUUCAAUGCGUUUGAUGCUCUGGAUCGCGUGGACAAGACGGAUCGGAAUAUGCUCAAAGUGGCAUACUCAAAGCAAUGGUCGAGUAGCAGGUUAGAGAUUUGGGUGCUCUACUAAGAGUGAUACUGAACUGUACAGAGAAAAAACCCACGAAGGAAUCAAGGAGGUUGUCAAACCCUUCGACUGGUCCUACACAACCGAUUACAAAGGCACAACGAAGGGAAAGGAGUUCGAGAUUCAAAAGAAUAAUGAGGAACCAAUACCAAUCGAGCUUCUCAAGAGACCGGAUCCAAUCCUUUUCUUCGAAGAAGUUGUCCUUUACGAAAGUGAACUCGACGAUAACGGCAUCUCUCUAUACUCCUGCAAGCUUCGCGUCAUGCCCGAUCGCAUGUUACUGCUAUGUCGACUAUUUAUGAGGCUCGAUGACGUUCUCAUCAGAAUACGCGAUACAAGGAUCUAUGUAGACUUCAAUACGGGGAAAGUGAUUAGGGAUUACACGGAACGGGAAGAUUCAUUCGAUAAGGUUAAAUCGGUAGGCGUCAAAAAUCCAUCUUAUUAGCCUCGGCUUGAUCCUGAUAUUAAUGAUUCUCCAGAAUUUACUCGCUUCUGGAAAGCUUCCUGCGGAUUUGACAAUUGCACUUCGAGACCCCAAUCAGAUUGCACAUCUGGUACCGGAGUUCUCUCAUACACUGGAAAGUUUGUCGGUUGUUUGAAAGGGGUGUGGGUAUUCUGCAUAGCAACGGAGUUAUAUACGGAAUGUAUUUGAGUUCGGGUAUUCCAAAAGUUACAUCUGCAGUAUGUAGACGAACCGGGUGGUCUUGUUAUCGGGGACUGAAACGGAAGAUAUCAUGGUAAGGGACUUGGUCAUUGCUUCGCUGAUACAAAAGAUUCCGGAAUUACGGAUAAUCACAACAUUCAGUUGUCUACCUGUUCAGGUGAUUAAGCUAAUAAAUUGACAAUUCUAGUACUGUUGGAGUUUACAUGAGUAAAUGAAAUCAAUCUUACUCCCGCGGUUACUAUAUUAUUGUUCUUGUUUCGAAAUCGAAUGAGAUGGUCUUAUAUCGGAGGCGCGGAAGGUGUUGAUUGUAAGAGACAAGUCUCAAGUGAUCGAUUUGAUAUUGCGUUAGGAAUCAAGUUAAGCGAGGAUAAACUGACAUGCCGUGAGGGAUCAUUCUUGAAUGCUGAAAGCAUCCUCAAUCGCCUACUGCUAUGUAGCGGGGUCAUCAACAGGACCUUAAAGAUUGGAGCCAUUGACCCAUCCUCAACGAUGUUCUGAAGCCAUGUAAUAGCAACUUGCAAAUCCUCGAAUGUCUUGUCCUUGUCGAAACAUGAGAGGGAGUCCACGAUACAGAAGAUUGUUGUCUCCGGCGGAAACUGUGAAAUAAGCGAGGUGAGUGUUUCGCAGAGACUGCUCAAAUCGUGCUCUUCGAGGGACUCGAAGUACUCUCUGUCGUUGACGAAGUCUAGAUCUAUGAUAUCUAGUUCGACUAGUUUUAUGAAUAGCUGCAUGCUCAGAGAUCGGAUCAAGCCAUUCGGUCCAUACCCGGGGAGUCAGGUGUAGUCCGCAAAAAAAAUGAGUUACCACAUCUUCGGGUUGUAUUUCGAGUAAGCUAGUGACAAAGGUUGCAGAGAAUAGUGAAACCGCUGAUAUCUUUUCCAUUCCAGUAGCACUGAUGUUCGCGUCAACAAAGAUUAGGUCCGAUUCGCGAGCCUUCAUCCAUUCCAGAAAUCGACUGUGUCGAACCAACGACUGGGCCUGGCUUUGGUCAGUCGCUUUGAACCUUUCUCUUUGCACGAGAACCCAAGCCAAGUCUUUAUUUGCAUGUUGCAAGUUGGUCUCCAAAUCUGGUGGCUCAUCAAGAGAAGAAUUAGGUUCUCCAAGAAUUUGGCAGAAUCUUUCUGGGCUGAUCUUUAUUCCCCACAUAUGGCUUGUGGUUCGCUGAAGUUGGUCUUCUAAGCUUUCCAUCAGAGCACUCAUUCCUGUGGUUGAUGAUUGUUAGCCAAUUGGUCUAACCAUGUUAAGCCACCCGACCAGACUCUCUCGACUUACUUUUAGACUCGAGGAGAAACUGAAAGAGCAAAUUUCUGUUAUCAAGCGAGUUAGCCUCCAAGGCCUUUUCUCUCUCCUGCACAGCGAUGCUCUUCUAGGUCUUUACGGCCUGAAGAAUUUGGUUAAGAAUUGUGCCAUGGUUUUCAGAUUUUUGCUCUUUCCUCUUCAUUUCUGUGGUCAGCUGUUCCACACCAAUCCUCACCUCGCCAACCUCGUCACCAACACUUUCGAGUUUUGUACCGUAUCUCUGGAUUCCUGUUACGAGAAGGCCGGUAUCUUUCUUUAUGGCUUUCACGUCCAUAUGUGUUAGUGUUGUCCUGAACGCGGUGUACUGAGCAGUAUUUCCGGUUUCUUCAAUUAUCUGGUCCCGAGCCCAUCCAACGGCGCGUUCAAAUGCCUUGGUAUGGUCUGCUACCUUUUGUAGAAUGGCGUCUGUAUCAGGAAGCGUUUUCUUGCUUUUGAAUUUUGAAAUACAAUUGCGCCCUUGUUUCUGAUCAAUUAUUUUCUCUGGGCACUAAGAGCAAUAUUUAUUAUAUCUUACAUGUCAUUUUGUCCUUGGACGUUAGCACUAUCAUGUCCUCGAUUGAUUCUACAACAACCUGAUACAAACUGCCCGUACAUUCUCGGAUCUCUGUAUGACCACGAAAACUUGUUCUUCUGGGGUCUGCUCGAGUAAGAGCAUCCCGAAGUUCAACAAAAGUUUCGAGAACUUUGUUUCGUCUCUCUGUUGAGUCUUGCGAAAGCUAACGAAAUCAGUUCUGAAGUUUUUUUCGGAUUUCGUUAGCCAUAAGAUAUUGCCUUACCUUAAGGACAACCGCAAGCCCCAUUUUGAUCACGGCAAGCCCAUAUUCUUCAGGUAUCAAGUUGACUCAUCCUUCGAGCAUGUCUGUCUUGCCACCCAUCUUGUACCAAAUUGAGUGCCAGCGGCCUCCAGUACGAUCACCAUAUUGUUUUUCUGUUAGCAGAAUCUUCUCGCAUAGUUCAUCCCCCACUUUCCCCUGAUAUUCCCCUUCGAAUGGAAUUCGCAGGUUUUGGCGUAUAUAUUCUCUCAGUGCCUGUGCUAGCUGCCUUUUAAAUUGGUUAGAUGGGAAAAAGCACAUCACGAAGACUAUCUGCCUUCUGGUAAGGACCUUUUACAAAUAGGGCUGGUCAGGUAUAAACUCCCUCUUAGAAAUACUGAAAUGUGAUGUACCACCGAAUCCGGCAUGGAGUUUCCCUCCUUCCGAAUCGAUAAAGGUAGCCACGCUCGAUACCUCUCUUUCACUGGGUACUUCCCAUCUCAAAUCCAUUGCUGGCGAAUACCGCUAUAGUACUAAAGUUGGCAAGGCUUGAGCAAAACUAAGUCGGACUCCUUGGUAGCAAACUUAGGAGAAAUGAGACUUUAAUGAGCCGGUGGAAAAUCGGAUACGUGAGAAGUAUGUUUACACAGCCAAUGCGCGACGGUGGCUGUUCCAUAAUACGUGCAACGACAUACGAGUGGCUGCUUGCUGCUUAUGGUCAGCAGCUCGCGCUCUUGUUUGUCCUCAUCCAGUGUCGUGUAACACCUCGCUUGGUGGUUGGCAUCAUUAUGUAAUCGCCUUGUUUUUUUGACAUUCCAGGUCAAACCAUUUCGACUAUCUAUCUGUAUCUAGGGGACGAUCGUCUUGGAGAUUUUACUUGCCUGUCUCGCUUAGAUCCAGAGCAACUAGAAAACUCGGCUGACAAGUGGAACAGCGAGAGAGCCAUUCACGACCGCUUUUGGAUCGGAGCUGCGAGCAAGCCCACCUACAUGGACUCAAAUGCAAGUAAUACGGGAUUGGGCUAGACAAAC